AUGAGUCCAACGCGUAAACAAAUCAAACAAAUCAUUAGCGUAAUGAAGAAAAAAUUAAAGAAGGACUCAAGAUUUCUUUCCCGAACCAUUGAAAAUAUCGAGAAAAAACGGGAAGUCGCGGUCAAACAAUUACAGGCUCAGGCUGUAGUUAUCUCUUCCGAAGAAUAUGUUGAACGUUCACAGGGAGCUCGUUCCAUUAUAGCACGUGAUUUUUUUCUGCAAAAUUCUAAGAAAAGAAAUCAGGAAGAUGUACUGGACGAGGAUUCUGAAAAAAAUGCUGUCAAAAAAUGCAAAGACACUACACCAGCACCACAAACACCAGAAAACCAGGUGGUAGCUGAUGAACUAGAUUUAGAUUAUCAGAGCGAGCAGACGAAUGACGAAUUAAAUUCCGGGAUAUCAGGGAUAUCAGGGAUAUCAUCUAUCUAUGAGGACGAAGAUGAAGAAGAUUCUUUAGAUGGCAGUUCUGAUGAAGAAGAUACAGUUGAACUUGCAGACAUAUCAUUUAAUUCUUUUUGUAAGAAGUCGGCUUAUAAAUAUGACAAGAAGAGCGAUUGA